GCCAUCGCUUAUCUAGCCUGACGACCAAACGAGGUAAAGGUUUAAAGAUGUUGUCCACAAGACAAGUUACAAGCUCCUCGGCACCAAGUACAGCCACCGAGAAAGGUUGCUCGUCACAACGUAUCGAGUUUAGAUUGAGGGGUAAGUGGACGUUCGCUACCGUGGUACCCGAGUCCACGUUAAGCCCUUCGCACGACCGGAUCGCGGUCGAAGGGACUUCUUGUCCUGAAAUAUGAUGUACCAGUCGAUUGUAAUGGUCCUCACACCAAACGCAAAAUCGGAUGGGAAGUGGACUAUUGUUUGCCAUAACCACACUCCAACUCGAGAACGAAUUCUGUGGUCGCUUCAAGAUCGCACUCACUGCGCUUAGUGAAUGAUAGCCACUCCAUGGUCUUGACGCACGAGGCCCAGGUACAGGGAGCCCUUGCACAACAGUGUUGGGAGUGUAAGCAUCCUGGAUCACCCCACCGUGUCAAAGCCGUGCCACGUAAUAUGGUUUCCACCGUCGGAUGUCGCCAAACGGUCACGAUAGUCCACCGGAAAACAUUCGCGCGUUGGCGUACGGGGUGCUCUUUAAUCUCUUCCAGACUCCAACGCUGCACGAAACUCUCAUAACCGACAAAGUCGUCCUCGACGUUCUGUCUAGCUUCUUCAGCCGUCACCGCCGUUCGAUCUGGUCACGCCCUUCAAAUGUCAUGACACCAUUUGCGUGGUCUUGGUCAGUAUCAGCUGGCGCUGACAAUGGCGCGUUCAUCUCUCUCGAGUGGUAGGCCAACGCCAAACGUUGUGAACGCAGCGAUUCCCUCGUCAAUGCCGUGUGCGCGACUUGCAUUGCCCGGUUCGGCAUGGUUCGCGUUGAAGACUGCAUUCGACUGCUCGAGCUGGAAAAGAUUGCCGACUCGAUCAUCCGCGGCAGCUCCGUCGAGCAAAUGAAGCGACUGACCAUCGGUGUCGAGUUGGCUGCGGCGCCAAGUGUGCUCUUCUUGGACGAACCCACGAGCGGUCUGGACGCGCGUUCUGCCAAGCUCAUCAUGACCGGCAUCCGCAAGAUCGCGUCGACGGGGCGCACCGUAGUCUGCACCAUCCAUCAGCCGUCGGCCGAGGUGUUUGACAUGUUCGAUUACCUACUGCUGCUCGAGCGCGGUGGCGAAACAGUGUUCUUCGGGGACUUGGGCGCCAACUCGCCCCGUUUGAACGAGUACUUUGGUCGCAUCAAAGACUUUGCCCAAGAGAGUUGCGAGGCAGAGCCGUCGGCAGAUGCACUCGUCACUCCUGCGACACCGAACCCAUCGCUGCCCUAGGUGAAGUUAACCCC